AUGGCUGCAGUGAUUCCGUUAAGAUCCGGUUAUGAAUUCCUCCAAGAUACAUCAUCAAAAUUGGUGGACGAAGGAAUGACCAAAGUAGUUGUUGCCAUGUUGAUGAAUCACAUCUUACCACAACUCUAUGUUAGUCAAUUAUCCAAAUUCGAAACAUUUUCUGUUCCUUCACCUCUUUCUAUUGAGGGAGAAGAGAACAAUGAUCACUUUUUACUAUUUGAAAAAGAAGCAUCAACAAGUGGCAACAAUUGCUCCAAGUGCCGUUAUUUUGAAAACCUUGCCUUUUCUUCUUCAUUCAACAAGUAUUGCCAAGUAAAUUGUACAAAUUGCGACUGUUGUAAUAACUCCAAAGAAUUAACUCUUGAUUCUCCUACAAACAAUUACAACUUUGAUUCUUAUCAUCAACCCAUCAUGGUUCUUCCAACCUCAAAUAAUAAUCAUUCAAGCAAUGAAACAAAUACUGGUAAUUCUCAAUAUGUUAGAGAUUACCUUCUCAACUCAUUAUUUCAAUCAGAUUUGCAUACUGGCAACUCUCUUUCCAACAUGCAACAACAAACUCAAAAUGACAAGAACUAUUUCCUUUCGAAUGAAGGUUCCACUAUUCAAGAACCAAAAAAUAUGGUUUUUCCAGAUAUAAAUAGAAAAAACCAAAACGAAAAAAAAUCAAUGACAAUACUACCACAAACAACCCAAACUUUAUAUCAAAACUCAUUCAUAGAAACUAUUAAUAAUACUCACUCAAGUGAAGAGGAAGAUGCAUCAUCCAGUAGCUGUUUGAGCAAUUCUUCUGCCUUUUCGAAUCAAUCUUUUAAUGUUAAACGAGAGAGUUUCAUCUCAAAUGAAAGGUCAUGGAAGGUUGCUUUUGAAUCGGAGGAGUAUAAAGGAUUAUUAAGAAAUACAUCAUUCAAAAUCAAGACAAGAACUGACGAUAUUGAAGUAAACAUUUCCUCUCAACUGUACUCCAGUUUAAAGUAUCAGUUUAACAUUUCAACAUUUAUUAAUAAGAAAAGAGCCACCGAAUUGGCAAUUAAUCAAAAAAGUUAUGGAGGUAUCAUAAUAGCCACAGUAGAAUCGCUUAUUGUUAAAAAUGAAGAGGAUGACGAUACAGACGAAGAAACUUUGAAGAAGGACGAAAUAUGCCAAGAUGUUUUGAAAGGUGAGUCAGAAUUAGCACUACAACCUAUAGAAUCAAUAGAAGCUACUGAAUCAAAAGCUUUCAAACCAUUCCUUCAACAAUUAAGAAGAGAAAUAAGUAAAGAGGACAAUGAUUGUGAUGAAAGGGAAUGGAUAUGCCUAUUAAAUAAGACUAAGAUGCAAUUUUCUGAUCAAUCACAACACAAUAAGAAAAAUUCCUACGUUAUGAGAGUUAGUUUUUAUCUCAACAAGGAAUUUAAGGAAAGAAAACCAAUAAUUAUUUUCGAUAGUGCUCCUUUCAAAAUAUAUGCAAGAAGAAGCAAGAAAUUGGACGAAUCAGAAGAACCUAGAAAGAGAAAGAGGAAAAUCAAAAGCAAAACAACCUCAAAGAAACAAAAAAGUAAUGAUAUUUCUCUUUUAUCAAAAUUUGAAUCGGAAUUGGGAGAAUUGGUUCAAUUCAUUGGUGAAAUGACAAAUUCAACUGAAAGAAAUAGAGCAGUACAAGCUUUUAUCACCAAUCUAGUUUCACUAGAAAGUAUCCAAGAUAGAGCAGAGCCCAUAGCCCCAAUACAUAUAGAUACAUCUUUUGGAAGGCAACCAGGAACUGCAGCAAAACUAUUGAAUGAGAGGAUUCCAGAACUGAAUCCUUAUCCAUUUUUUGAUAGUACUUUCUAUGGAAAUUAUUCAAAUAGAGAAGAAAAUUCAUUAGAAUCAUCAAUAUCCAAGGAUAUGCUGCUUUCUAUUGGUCAAUCUAGUGUUCUAGAUAGCCCACAUACACCUGAUCUAAUGAAAGGAAGUGAAUCAAAACCACAUCAAAAUCACCCUCCAAGAAUUUUACAAUUAUUGAACCAACCAAGUAGUAGACUAGAUUUAAGUAAGGUGAAAAAUAUUGGUUCAAUGAAUCCUUCAAUGCUAAAUAAGUAUUUGCAAGAUGAUGUACAAACUCCAACAUUAAUGAACUCACAACAAUCCAAUAACUUGAUCGGAAUGGAAAAUAGUUUAGAUAUAUUUGAUGUAAGCCCUUUACCUAUUCAAGGAAAUAUCAGUAAUAGUUUACCAAACGAAACAAAUGCAUUCGAUCAGUUACUAUUCGAUAUUCACAGAACCCAACCCAAGAAAGAGAAAUAA